CUUCAGCGGGCACCGCCCGCGUGGGCGGGGCUAGCCGGGCACCCGCGGCCAUGGCCCCCGCGGCCGCCAGCGUCCCCGAGGUGGUUCGCGCGGCCCAGAAGGACGACUACUACCGCGGCGGGCUGCGGAGCGCGGCGGGCAGCGUCCUGCACAGCCUGGCGGGUGCGAAGAAGUGGCUGGAGUGGAGGAAGGAGCUGGAGCUGCUGUCGGACGCAGCCUACUUCGGCCUCACUACGCUGUCAGGCUACCAGACCCUCGGCGAGGAGUACGUCGGGAUCGUGCAGGUGGACCCGUCCCAGAGGCAGGUGCCCUCGAGGCUGCGCUGCGGAGUGCUGGUCGCGCUGCACACCGUCCUGCCCUACCUGCUGGACAAGGCCCUGCUGCACCUGGAGCACGAGCUGCAGACCGACAGCGGCGGCCGGUCCUCGCCGGGCAGCCCCGCACCCGGCUCUCGGGGCCGCUCGGGGGCCAGGCGCUGGGUGCGCCGGCACGUGGCCGCCCUGACGGAGCAGCAGCGGAAGGCACUGCUGCGGGCCGUGCUGGUGCUCCGGCCGGCCCUGGGCUGCCUGCAGCGGCUGCACGUCGCCUGGUUCUACCUGCACGGCGCCUUCUACCACCUGGCCAAGAGGCUCACUGGGAUCACCUACCUCCGCACCCACCACUCGUCUGCGGGGGACCCAAGGGCUCUCGCCAGCUACAGGCUGCUGGGCCUCGUCUCCUUGCUGCACCUGGCGCUGUCCGUGGGCCUGCAGCUCUACGGCCUCCGGCAGAGGCAGCGCGCCCGGCGGGAGUGGAAGCUGCACCGAGUCCUGUCCCACCGCAGGAGCCACACGGAGGAGAGAGCGGGCCCCAGAAGCAGCCUGUGCACCCUGUGCCUGGAGGAGCGCAGGCACCCCACGGCCACGCCCUGCGGCCACCUCUUCUGCUGGGAGUGCAUCACCCAGUGGUGCGACACCAAGACCGAGUGUCCCCUGUGCAGGGACAAGUGCCUGCCCCAGAAGCUCGUCUACCUGCGGCACUUCCGAUGACCCGAGGGCAGGGCCACCCAGGAGCCGCCUGACCCCAGGGGAACGCGUAGUUUCUUCUUAGGAUGAAUUCCCACAGAAAACGUCAAGUUCUCUAGUUUUACUCUUGUCACGGGAGGCACUGGGCCAGCAGUCCCGGAGGCGGGCAGGGGCACUCCAGCCACUCCUGGGGCGAGGAAGGGCGCCACCUGGCGGGCCGCAUGCACCUGGCCCGGCCGAGCAGGCGUGGACGAAUGGAGGACAGCACUGUUUUCGGGCUGUGGCCGGCCCACCAGCCCGCCCCUGCGCACCACGCCGGGCACCAGACCGGGCCAGCACAUCCACUCACGGGACCGGGAGAAAGGCCCUGUCGGCUCAGAAAGUGCUCAGCACGACCUCUUAAUAACGCACAUGUGCGGUCAGCUCCCCGCCUGGACGCGGGGUCUGGUCCUGGGCCUUGCAGGCGCCCGGGGCGCCCCCCACCCAGGGCUCUCACCGGGGCCGAGCCCGCGGGGGCGGGGGGGGAGUCGGAGCUCUGCUGUGCCCACAUCUCAGCCGCAACCCGCCUCGGAGGCCGGCAGCUAGGAAGGUUCACCUCAGUGUCCACCCUCCUUCCUGCCACUUGUGUUUUCAGGUUUCAGAAACUAACGUGUGCCAGAGACAGCACCUUGCUGCGGGCAUCCUUAGGAGACAGGUCCCACGGCAGUGUUGGUGCGCCAGUGUCACAAGGGCGAGAUGCAAAUCAGACGUCUCAAAGGCUGGUGACAGGCCUUGGGGCCUCCGGGGCACCCCUGUGGGAGCGUGAGGCAUGGCUGUGGCGGAGGCCAGCACGGGUGCCCCGCACACGGCGGCUCAGCUGUCAUCCGUCCUCAGAGAGCGCCGUGGGGGCAGAGGCCAGCGGCAGGCAGGCCCCGGGACCAUGGGCAGGCUGGGCUGCAGGCCUGCAGGUGGGCAGGGCCUGGAGCCAGCCACCCCCGGCCCCAGAGGCCCCAGCAGGCACAUGGCUUCCCACUGAGUCUGCUGGGAAGGUGGUGGGGAGGGCGUCCACAGCACGAGGCAGUGACACCGUCCCCGGGAGAGGGGUCUGCACACGGCCUCUGCAGGGAGGAGCCGACACCUGAGGGGCAGAACCCAGAGACGGCGGGGAGCCCCAGCCCCAGCCCGCAGACCGGGAGAAAGGGGUUCCCUGCAAGGUGCGGUGCCCAUAAAGACCACGGGAGAAAGGGGACACUGUCUUUAAUCGUUUGAAUUAAAAAGUCAGUAAAAGGUU